CGACCACACAACGCAGCACACUCACCCCUCAUUCCUCUGCUCAAGCGAUCCCUCUCCUGACCAGUCUGACAUACACUGAGGAAGCCGAUAUAGUUCAAGGGCUGCCGGCGCAUCCUCAAUCCUUCCUGCCCUUAAAAGAAGCGUUGCGACAGGCGUUUCAAGUAUGGAAUUGACCUUCAUCACUAUGCACAGCGUCGCAGCUGAUGCACGCCUUCUCUAUGCCUCCGACAGCAUCACUGACGUACUCGGCUACGAACCAGAAGAAGUCAUUGGCAAAACGACGUUUGAUUUCUUCCAUCCAAAUGAAGUCCCACUUGCUCGAAAUGAACACCAAAACGCCGUUGACUUGGAUCGCGCUAGUGUCUUGGCAUAUGUACGAGUCCUCAAUAAGCAAGGUGAGUGGAUUGGCUGCGAGUGUGUGUUUUCUAUCGUCUACGAUGUCAUUGUUGCUGCAACAACAGUGUACCAUCACGAUUCGCACAGACGAAUAGGAAGAGCCCUUGCAGCGCCCAUUAUUCGACAAGCUUUUUCUGCUAGCGUGGGUGACCCACGUUAUGAAAUGCUGGUGCACUUGUCGGAGCGAUUUACGAGCAUCGCGAGCAAUCGCAGGAAAGAACCGCGUGCUGCCUUUAUCCUCAAUCGAUUUACGAAAAACUUGACCAUCUUGUAUGCCACCUAUGCGCUGGAUGAGUUGGUGGGUCUCAGGCCUGAUCAAGUUGUUGGGGAAUCGCUGUUGAGUUGCGUGCAGGCAGAUUGUCUGGAUGGUGUCCUUGAAGCGAUUGAUCUAGCCAAGACUAAUGACUCGGUGGCUUACAUGCGCUUUGCCUGGAAAUCUCCUCAUGCUGGCAGUUCAGAGCACUCUCCUGAACGCAUGCUGUCGGCCAAUUACUCACCGGCUGGAAAUGGCAAUGGUCAUACCAAUGGUCAAAAUGGAACUGGCAGUUCUGAGGAACCAGGCACUCCAUCGGAUGUCGGUGGUUCAAUGUUUGACGAUGGCACAGUGGAUGUCGAGGCCGUCAUUAGCUGUACGUCAGACGGCAUCAUCCUUGUUUUACGUCGUGCAUCUACAGCACUUCCAGCACGUCCACCAAAGGGUCUCUUUGCUGUUCCUUGGUCAACGGUUCCUCUGUACCCAGCACCACCACGACCUUCUCACAUGAUGUACGAGACGGAAGGUGUACCUGCUGACGAUAUCGCUGCUGGGUCCCGCGAGAAUCAACAUGCACUAGGUGUCAUACAAGAUGUGGCCGUGCUUGUUUGGGGUCUGCAAAUCAACGAAGAGAUGGUGGCUCGAUUGGCACGGGGUACACCUGUAGGCGAUGGUGCAAGGCCUGCAGAGAGCCUACUGGAGGAACGACGCAGCAACCGACGGGAUGCACGCGCCAGGGCGAUGGGUUCGUCCGAGGCAGAGGGACGCCGCAGUGGAUCACCGGGCCGACUGCAUGGUCGUCGGCGUGCUUCUGGCGUGCAAGACGAGUAAUGCUCAUUUGAGUCUUUCACGACACGAGAAGCGGUCUGUCCUUUGUCUCUUUACCGUUGGUGCAUCCUGCUAGCAUAUACAUUACUUCCAACUACUACUACAUGUCUUGUUCACCUCUUGUGCGACCUCCUGCCAAAUCUCAGAAUUCUCCUCGGGAAAAGUGACCAAGCAAGUGG